UUUCUCAAGAGGACUACUUCGAUUCUUCGUUGAUCUACUUCAACUACAUCUACGCUCGAGAUGGCUCGUACCAAGCAGACUGCCAGGAAAUCCACUGGAGGAAAAGCUCCUCGCAAGCAAUUGGCAACCAAGGCUGCCAGGAAAAGCGCACCAGCAACCGGUGGAGUGAAGAAGCCUCAUCGUUACCGCCCUGGAACCGUCGCUCUUCGUGAAAUCCGUAGAUACCAGAAGAGCACCGAACUUCUGAUCAGGAAAUUGCCCUUCCAACGUCUCGUCCGUGAAAUUGCCCAGGACUUCAAGACCGAUCUUCGCUUCCAAAGCUCCGCUGUGAUGGCCCUUCAAGAAGCUAGCGAGGCCUACCUUGUUGGUCUCUUCGAAGACACUAAUCUGUGCGCCAUCCAUGCCAAGAGAGUAACCAUCAUGCCCAAGGACAUUCAACUGGCCCGCAGAAUCCGCGGAGAGAGAGCUUAAAUUACUCUUCCUCGCAUAUAUAAAAACGGCCCU